UUUGACUUCUCCGCUAGGACUGAGAAAAUGUAGCUCUACAGUAACGUAGGCUGUAAUUUGGAAGCAAUUUGGGAGGACUUUAACAAGUUGGGGCUGUGGCCACACAGGAAUAAAGGAAGGACACUUUUGAGCACGAGAGAGGGAGGUGCUGCGGUUGCGAAGUCAUAACCAUAGCGUACAUCAGAAAUGCAAAAUGUAUGGUCGAGGUGAAAAUGGAGCACCACGAAGAGGAACACGACUUGAAAGUUAAGGCAACCGUAUCAACAUGAAAAAUAAGCCAUAACCCUCCCAAGCUGAACAGCUGCACAGGAAAGCCCAGACUGACAGUAGUAGAAGAUGGACCAGGCCUUUCCCAGUCUCCAGACCCCAGCCACUGAGCUCCAACUCAGGGUGGACUUCUUCAGAAAGUUGGGCUACUCCCCCAUGGAGGUUCGGGCCGCCCUGCUUAAGCUAGGCCUGAGUACAGACACCAACUCUGUACUGGGGGAGUUGGUCCGUAGUGGAGCCAGCACUGCUACUUCUAACUCCACCAUUCCUGAGAGUGGUGAAGAUACUACUGGCCACACAGUCUCCAGCAUGGCCUCCUCUAGGACCCAUGGCUCCCAAGGAGACAGACCAGUCUCAUUACUGGAAGACAGGGGGGACACAGACAGUGGACUGAAACCUAUCGUCAUUGACGGCAGCAAUGUGGCCAUGAGUCAUGGUAACAAGGAAGUGUUCUCCUGUAGGGGAAUUGAGUUGGCAGUGAUCUAUUUCCUGGAUAGAGGUCACUCAACUGUCAUUGUGUUUGUGCCCUCCUGGCGCAAGGAGCAGCCCAGGCCUGAUGUCCCCAUCACAGACCAACACAUUCUAAUGGAGCUAGAGAAGAAGAAGAUCGUUGUCUUCACUCCCUCGAGACGUGUCGGUGGUAAACGGGUGGUCUGCUACGACGACCGUUUUAUUGUGAAGCUGGCCUACGAGUCGGACGGCGUGAUCGUGUCUAACGACACCUAUAGGGACCUCCAGGGAGAGCGUCCGGAGUGGAAGCGCUGUAUCGAGGAGAGGCUGCUUAUGUACUCUUUCGUCAAUGACAAAUUCAUGCCCCCAGAUGACCCGCUUGGUCGUCAUGGUCCCAGUCUGGAGAACUUCCUGAGGAAGAAGCCUCUACUACCAGAACACAAACGCCAACUCUGUCCUUAUGGUAAAAAGUGCACGUACGGCGUAAAGUGUAAGUUCUACCACCCUGAGCGCACUCACCAAUCCCACUGCUCAUUGGCUGAUGAGCUCAGGGAGAAGGCAAGGCUCUCCUCAGUAAAAGAGGACCGGAAUCACAUGAUGUCACACCUGAGGGGCCCCCAGUCCGACCCGAGCCCCUUUCCCUCCUAUUCUCUGGAGAAUGACCUGGAGCACAGGCUGACGUUGGAGCACCGCGGUUCCCUGAGGGAGGGUCCCAAUAGCCAGGUAACUGAGAACAUGUUGCUGUCCUGGGAUGGGCCACACUCCAGUAGGAACCAGCAGGCCCGCAGCCCCACAGCAGUAGGCCAAGGACAAAUGGACUGGCCCAGUAUGCUCUCCCCCUACGCUACUACUGACCUCCCCUAUGCCAGCAUCUCCCAUGAGUGCCUGGACUCUGGUUUUGGCACCUAUGAGAGCCAGUACUCAGAUAUGUCCCACGGCCACAGCAAGUCCUUCAGUCCCAGGCAGCAGCAGCAACAGCAGGGCUUCCCCUCUGGUUCCAGACAUCCAGGCAUGCAUCCAGAGAGGCUGGCUCAGGACAGCCUCCAGCCCUGCAGGUGUUGUUUCCAUGUGGCUCCCUUCACAGGUCCCCAGCAGCAGCAGCACCACAGCAACCCACACCUCGAGUCCCAAUCCCAGCCAAGGUAUGACACCUACUCGCCUUCUCUGUUCCCACCCAACAUGCAUCACUACAGCCUCCCCUGCAACUUCCAGCAAGGCGGGGUGGGGGCACGUAAUUUCCACCCCCAUCAGCACCCCCAGAAGUACUGGUCAGACCCCUUCCAUGGCGGGGUCCCCCAGGCUAGGGCAUCGUGUAGCCUCACCCCAAGCCCCCACCAUCACCCCCCUACUCCGCAUGGGGCCCCCCACUCAUGCUCCUCUUACAGGAAUCAGCAGGAACUCAACUCCUGGGCCCAGCCACCUCCACCUUCUGCCUUUGACACAGACAGAGAGGAGCUCCGUAAGAAACUGCAGGCCAUCUUCAACCCCCACCAAGUAGAUACGGUCAUGGGGAUGUUCCCUCACCUGAUGGACUCCCAGAAGCUGGCUGCGGAGAUCCUCAAUUUAAAAUCUGAUGGAGGGGCCUUCUGAUGCCUCUAAGCAUCUUGUCUAAGGGGUUAAUUCAGGGUUGAGAAGCUUGCACAACUCUAACUUCCACAUAAAUCAUUAAUUGAUUUCAAUGGGAUACUUGUGUGAAAAUGUGCCUUGGUUAAUUAUUCUCUUGUUCUUUUCCUUUGUAAUUUACUCUAACUGAUUGAAAGGGCAACGUUUUAUUGUUGAGGUUGUCCUUCCUUAGCAGUCAUGUGCUUGCAUAGCUUAUGUUAAAUCCAUGACAGGUUGUGUGUUAACAGUUUGGGAGAAGUGUGGGUAAUUGGGAUGAAUCCCCUGUUGUGUUUAACUGUAUUAUUUGAAAUAUAUUGAAAGUUGUAUACAUUUAUAACAGUGUAGUCAAAUCUUGCCUCUAGACUCAAUACCACGGCAAACGUGAAUCUAGAGUGUUUGACUGUCGAUGCAUAUUGUAUCAUUUGGGAUAUACCGUAUGUGAUCUCGUUUGUCUGAAAUUCAGCUCUCAUGCAAUACGAAUUGUCUCAAAUAAUGUCCUUGUCUGAAAUUGCACCUUUUACUAUUCUGUUUUUUGUAUAUUGUGGUUCUGAUGGCCAUAAUGUAUUUCCUGUCUCAUAGACCAAUAUAUUUGGUAUUCCAUCUCUUAUGCAGUGUGGAAUACAAUGGUAUACAUUUUUUCCAUGUAUAAAGCCUCGCCCAAAGAGCCCCAAAUACUAUACAGUAUCCUUCUAACCAAGAGAAUCUGUGGAAGAAGCUGCCAAAGAAACUGAAUUAAUGUUGGAAAAGCACCUUGUCAUUGACCCAAAUAUUGUAAUUCCCCCAUAGACCAGAAUGUGACGUUCUCAGCAAGAUAAUGUAUGAAAAUGUGUACUGUAAUAUGUACAGUAUGUCCUGUGAGUGUCUCUUGUAAUCACCAAAGACUGGGUAAAUCCAAUAGAUCUUUUAGAGUAACUGUCCAGUGUUUCCCGAUUUCUAUGAAAUAUGACCCAAAAUUAAUUAGAAUACAGUAUGAGUGAUUUUUGUUUUCCUUUAAAUGUGUUCAAGUAUGUUAAAAAGCAGCUUUUCUGUGUUGGAAUGGUGUGGGCGUAUACCGGUAUAAAAAAUAUUCAUGCGAAUAGACUGCUGAUUGGCCAGCUCAAGCUCAAUGAGGAUGACCUCAUCCUCUAUGUGGAAAUAGCAAGCAUUUUUUAAACUGUCUGUUUGAGUUUAAGGGGUGGGGUUUUGUGUAUUUUCUCCAAUUUAUGCUUUGACCACAAAUAUGAGUCAACAACAUUUAUUUGCGUGUGAGUUAACAGAAUAUAAACUUUUUAAAAGUGAGAUUUUCACUGGACAAUUACUUCAAUAAUGUUUCUAUGAUAGUUGUCUGUCUUCGCUGUAUGCUGAUAGACAACACUUUGUAGUUUCUUUUUUAAGUGCCUAAACAUGUCAAAUGUAUAAUUCAAUUACAAUGGACAUUUGGAGUAGAGUUCUAGUUCUAAACAAAUUGUUAAACUUUUUUAUUUUAACCCCAUUUUGGUAACUUUAUUUAACAGCACGGUAAGUACUAGCUAGAUAUUUAAAGUUAGAAUGUUGUUAUUAUGUUAUCAUAUAGUAUUACCAGCUUCAUAUCAGGUUAAUGCAGUCAUAACCUCCAUGGUACUUGAAAUAAUUAGCAGGGAACACUAGGCAUUAUAUUUCUCAGCCAUUUUUAUGUAUUUUUAGAGUAGACUACUUUGUUUCUUCGGACUACAAAUAGCUACUAUACCAAAUAGUACAAUUUGUUGCCAAGUAUUUACCAGUACCUAGUACUUACCCGACUGUAAUAAAGGGUUACUCACUCAUUUUAUAUUAAUUUAUAUACCACUUAAACACUGCCUUUUGAAUGUUGGGAAGUCAUAUUACACAAAAAUGAAAGGUUUGAAAUAUACCUGUCUAUAUUUUCUAAUGGCAUGUCUCUGUAUUUUGUCUCAAGCUGCUGUACUAUGAUAUAGUGCUUUCAUUGUUUUAGUGCCUCAGAGCGUAGACAGUCAUGUGCUCCAUGAUGAUCUGAUGAUGACCAUAGCUCAGGGCUCUCCAACCCUGUUCCUGGAGAGCCACCCUCAUGUAGGUUUCAGCGAGAUGAAAUUCUUGCCACAAAGUCGACAGAAACCACAUACCAUUAUCACUAGACAACACUAGACAACACUAGCUAAUAUCUGUCUAGCAGUUAGCUACGGCACGUUUGUUAGCUAGCGUGCUCUUUGACGUUGUUUCCAUUCAAAAUAAUAACAAUCAGAAUCAGACUAUCAUAACUCCUCCUCCACAUUUACUACAUUGGUUGAACAGUGCAAAAUAGAACCUCUCCCAACAGUUUUUUUUUUCUCGUCAUGACCCGAAUGUGGGGUGUCCCACUCGGGCAUUUAUUUUACGCCUGCUACGAUAGGCUAGCUAAAUAACAUUUAAAUAUGCCAUGUAGAUAUUUUAGACAUGUUGUGAUGGCAUAUUAGAAGACCAUUCUGUCCCUGUCAUUCUGUAAAUGGGCCCACAGUGUAACAAAGAAUCUUCAUUUAAUUGAAUGUCAUACAGUUAACUUAAAAGUGUAAUUCCACCAUUUUUUUUUAUUAAACAACAUGUUCAUUAUCAUGUUCAUUGUGGUGCUGAACAGGAGGUUAAAAUGUGGUGUGAGACCUAGAUUCAAUCGGAUCAAGCAUUAACCCGGCAAUAACCGACAUCCGCGUAGCUGGUAUUUUGGCGGUGUCAGAGGUGUAACUGCAUUGGAGCUGUCAAAUCAGUGAGCAGCUGCUCUUGAUCAUUGUCAGGAAGCCACACAUGUUCCAUUCGCGUUAGAAGUUCAGAAUGAGAAAGUGUAGGCUAAAUAGAAAUAAUGACGCUCAACUAGAAAUCCUCAUUAUUUAGUUUCAUGAUUUUCUAUCAGCCUAAUCGAGGUGUAGAUUACAUAUCACGUUCCAUUGUUCAAACUUGUAAACAAGGCUGCAUGGGAUUUCUCUUAAUGCGACUCAGUGCAACCAAUGGCAAUGUCUGCUUUAGGUAUAAUGCCAGAAGCCGCUUGUGGAUUUUACAGCUCUAUCACAGUUCCACCUUUGACACCGCCAAAACAACCGCUAUGCAGAUGUCGGCUAAAGCAGAUCUGAUUGAAUAGAGCCUUAAGUGUCAUUUGAAGGAGCAAUCAGCAGUUGAAACAAUGACAAAGCAUGCUCCCAGCCCCUGUUUCUAUAAAAAGCUGAGCAAUGGGGCUGGAGAAAUAUCACACUACUCAAAUUCAGAGACAGAGCUAUGGAUGCAAGGACUGACCAUCCUUGAUAUCAAAAUGAUAGCUUCAACCAUGUUUUGAGGCUAUAUAGUGUUUGUUUACAUUGACUUUGUUUACAAACAUUAGAGUAAAAUAAUAUUUUAUUUUGAGUUCUGAUGGGGUACUACAGUUGAACUCAUGAGGCAUUAAUAAAUUAUAUUAUUCAAGAAUCAA